CAGGUGAAGGAUUGGGUGUAGAAAAAAAGGUGAUUCUGCAACAUACUGGAACUAGAUCUGUUUGGUUCCCCAUUUGCAGCAAAUGGCAUCAGCUAGUGUGGUGCCUGCGACUGGAUUGAGAAACACAAGUGGAAAUGCUAUCAGCAUGGAUAGGUUGCCUGAAGAAAUGAAUGAUAUGAAGAUAAGGGAUGACAAGGAAAUGGAAACUGCUGUGGUCGAUGGAAAUGGCACAGAGACGGGUCAUAUAAUCGUGACAACUAUUGGGUGUAGAAAUGGCCAACCAAAGCAGAUGUGUAUUUCAGAAACAGUAGAUGAUGAUAGUAUUAGCGUGUUGGAAGUACCUAGCUGGUGCAUGAAGGCAAUAUGACGUUAGAAGAUUUCCUCACCCCAACUGAGAUGAAAGAUGGACUCACAAACCUUGCUAGAGUCAAAGAGCUGGUUGCUGUUAUGCAAAGGCAGAGAAAAAAUAUUAUGAAGAAUGUAGGUAAUGCAUCCAGACAAUGGUCAAUUGUAGCAAGUACCUUAUCAGCGACAGAGAAGAAUGGUUGCCUUAAUCAUUUCCUUCAGUUAGACGGGCAUAGGUUUCUCAACCAAUGGCUCCAGUAAGCUCCAAAG